ACUGGAGCAGGCCCCAUGGAAGGAGAAAAAAAAAACGCGCCACGAUCCGGCGCUGGCAAACGAGAAGCCCAGGCUCACCAACCACUUGUCAGCUCACUGCAUUCCAACAACCACAUCAUCAGCCUCAUACGCUGUCGCCCAAUAGGAUUAAAUAAUAUCCAACAACCGCUUAGAAAUAUCUUGCCUUCUUCGGCGCCCCGGUUUCCAAAACUAGCAAUCAAACGCCGUCGCGUCUCGUAUUUCGCCGACACACCCCCACUAGAAUUUUUAUUUUAUCUCCUUGUUUCGUUCUCCAUCACAACAAAUCUUACGCUUCCCACCCUACACAUGACGAGGACACAUUAUUGAACUCGCCGUGCUUCGUCAUGGCGGCACCGCUAUCCCUCACGCCGGCGCAGGCCGAACUGGUCAGUUCCCUGACCCAAGACGAGAUCCCCAUCAAGCUUCGCUGUGCCAUCUGUAGCAAGCUGGCGAUCAAUGCUGUGAAGCUGCCAUGCUGUGACCAGGCAAUCUGCGAGAACUGCCAUGCGACGCUCCCUACGUCGUGUCCAGUUUGCGAGCACUCGCCGCUCUCCGCCGACGACUGCAAACCGAUAAAAUCCUUGCGAACCACGAUCAAAGUCUUUGUCAGGACCGAGGAGAAGAAGCGUGAAGCCUCGAAGCCCAAGGACGCCGGUGAAUCUGCGCCUCCGACUCCGGUGGACGCAAAACCUGGGGCUGGCGCCGAUGCUUUGCAAGUUACCGAGCACGCUGCAGUCGCACCUGUUCCCGAGGAUGCAGGGUCAGGAGAAAGACCGCCUGCUGGAGAUGCGGAUAACAGCGAAUCUGCUGGCGAUGGAAACCAGGCGGUGGAAUCUCACGAAAAUGCUGUCUCGCAACAGUCCAACGAGGAUGGGAAUGGCCAGGAACAGCAGGCUACCGAAGCCGAGAAAACCGGCGAUGAAGCAACGAAGGCUGACGAGGGAGAAGAAGAAGCACAGCAGGGUAACCAGAGGUCUAAUGCCCAGGGUGGCGAGGGUGCCACGGACAUGUCGAAUAGCUUCAAUCCUAGCUUUGGGCUUGGCGGGAUGAAUGGAAGCUUCCCCAACAUGAACUUUGGUGGCGGCGACAUGAAUCAAAUGCAAAUGAUGAUGGCAAUGCAGAAUGGCAUGAUGCCGCCGGGAUUUGGAGGUUUUCAAAUGAUGGGCAUGCCCGGCAUGGACCCAUCUAUGUACAUGAACGGUGACUUCGGACCGCAAGGCAUGGGUAUGCACGGCAACGGCAUGGGCAUGGGUGGUUUCGGAGGCGGCGGCGGCGGCGGCGGCAUGGGUCAUGGCCCGGGAUCCAAUGAGAACUGGAACGGACAGCAGCAGUCAUGGAAUGUCGGCCAAGAUAAUUUCAGUCAUCCCAAUUCUACUGGCAUGGCCAAUGGUGAUUUUGGGAACUUUAACUCUGGAGGUGGUUUCCAGCCUGGCUUUAAUCAGGGUAAUUUUGGCCACCAGAAUCAGUAUUCCAAUUUUCGAGGAAACAACUUUUACCGCGGCCGAGGCGGUCGGGGCCGAGGGUUCUAUAACAACAAUUUCAACAAUGGUGGAUAUGGCAAUGGCCGUGGAGGCUACGGCGGCUUCAACGGCGGCGGCCAUAAGGGUUUCGGAAAUGACGGAUUCCAGAACCAAAACGGCCAGUAUCAACAGUCACAGUUCCCCCAGCAGUAUCAUGGGUCUGCCCAGAGCGGGAUGAACGGGGGUCCCGGUCCUCAGAAUCGCCGCAACUCCGAGGCCAAGGAAUUGACUCCUUCCAAUGUUGACGAGUUUGGCCGCAGUAUUAGACCCGAUGUUCAAAAAACCGAGGGUGAGGGUGCAGAGAGUGCAGAGCCGGGGAAGAUAAAUCCUGCAGACCCAGCGGGUGACGACCAAAAGAGAAAUGCUGCCGACGAUGCAACAACAGCAUCAGAUGCAGCCAAGGCAAGCAUGAGCACAUCCGCCGCUGCGGCAACGGACCAGGAUGAUUUGCCCCGGCCCGUGCCAGUUCUAGAUGACUCCUAUGGCUAUCCAAAUGGUCAAAUUGGCCACGGACCGCACAGUGAGAUGGGUUAUAUGGGGGGAGUUCAUGAGAACGGCGACUUCAAUCAUUAUCAUCAACCGCUACACCGUCAGGCCCCCAUUCCGGACGUUCCUUUAAACGCACCGUCAGGUCCCAAGGCUAUGCGCCAGGGUCUUCCUAACACUAGCAUGUUACAUCUCAAGGCAAGAGGACUGAUGCCUGACGAUAGGCAGCCCAAUCAGCUAUUGAACGGUUCCCGCCAUGUUAGUCCAGCAGCAGACAAGCCUGCCAGAUCGCGCAGCAACUCAGUCGAUUCCAAGCCACGUCACGAUAAGUACCGCGAUAGGAGCCGGGAUAGAGACCAUCGGAAAUCUAGGGAUGCCGAUCGUCCCAGAGACCGUGAGCGUGACCAUGGCAUCGAUGCUGAGCGUGACAGACACAGGGAGCGGGACAACAGAGGAAGGUCUGUCUCCCAGUCCAGCAGGAGCCCCAGCCGUGAACGCAAGGACGGACACAGACGGAGGCGUCACCGCUCGGAGUCUCCUGCAGACGAGGGCCGAGACGAAGACCGGCGGCAAGGCCACGUGAGCAGCAGCCGCCGGCAUAGUCGCAAAAACAGCAUAAACGGCGACGAUGAACCACGAUCAGUACGUCCCGAGUCGAGAUCCAGAUCUGCAUCACCCGACGAGUCUCGUCGCUCAGGACAUCGCAGCAGUAGGAGAGAACGCGACUCCGAACGACGUAGAGACAAGGAUAGGGAUAGGGAACGUGAUCGCGACCGCGACCGCGACCGGGCUAAGGACAAGGAUGACGAUGAGCACCGCCGCAAGUCCAGUCACAAGUCCCGGAGGGACAAGGACCACGAAAGGGACAAGGACAAAGGUCGGGACAGGGGUAAAGACCGAGGCAAAGAUCGUGAUCGCGGUAAGGACCGUGAGCGCGACCGCGACCGUGACCGGGAUCGGGAAAGAGACCGCGACAGGGAUAGAGACAGACAAAGAGACAGGGAUAGGGAUCGUCGCCGCCCUCGGGAUGGCAAGGAGCCCUCCAGCGCGAUCGAGGCAGCGCUUGAGCUUAGGCCGCCUACGGGGCCCAAGGGCCGUACCACGAGCAUCUUUGAUAUCAAGGGCGCCAGCAGCAGGAACAAAGAAGCGGCAACUGCUACACCUAAGGACCCACAUGCAGAAGAGAGGGAGAAGCGCAACCGCGAGAGGCUUGUGAAGGAAGCUCAGAAACUUGCCGGCCUUGUCGGGGGCGGGAAACGCAGCCGUGGAACGACCGACGACGGCGAGUCUAGCAGGCGUAGCCGUCGGAAGGGCCGCAGAGGCGAGGUCGUCGACGUUGGUGACGAAGAGGAGAGGAUGCGUCGGCUCGAGGCCGAGCGCGAGAGAAGGGACUAAGGUUGGGGCUCUAAACUACCUACUGACCCGACGAUGGAACAGUCUCGUUUGCUCUCUUCAACAAUAGCAAAUACCAAAGGUCUAGAAUAGCCUAGGCGUUGAUGCGUUAUGGGUCCGCAUAAAGGGGGUCACUUUGUUUCCUCGGAUAGUGUGUCUGCUGCUGCUCGGCAAUAGCCCGCUCACCCGUUUAUAAAAAUUUGUUCAACCCGUACAUUAUUUGUUUCAAUGUAUUUUAACAGUCACUUUUUUAUUCUUCUCAUCACGACUUGCUCCCCACGAUAGGGCUGUCUUGCUUUGCCAGCAAAAGAAAAGGCAUCAAAGUUGUCCGAUGGUUGGAGCUAUUGCCUGGGGGCGUUGGUGCGAUGUUCAGAUAGACAAGAUUAAUUAAUCAUGAGAGGUUUGAACAUAAAGUAAAUCAACGGGUCAGGGGUAAACCAUUAGAAGUUCAGUGUCACCGUUUCAA